CCUCAGUGCGUCUAAGUUUAAUUAAUGCAAUCAUUUCGAUUAAUUCGAAUGUUGCUUUCAUAUCUGGUUUUUCAGUUAGUUAUUGUAACCGCCCGCACCUCCGUUGUAUUUGAGGAUUGCGGGUCGGCUUAUGAUCUGCAUACUGUUAACAUAAAAGGAUGUGGAAUGCGGCUUCCAUGUUUUGUGACGCUCGGUGACAGGAUCCCUGUUAACGUGAGAUUUUUUGCCGAUUUCGUGUCAAGUCAACUGGAUCAAGAUGUCACUAUACAAAUUAACUUCGUCCAAUCAAGAACUCCAGUAACUCCAGAGCCCUGUGAAACAGUAAUGUGCCCCGUCAGGACUGACGCCGAAACUUCUUUCACCAGUGUUAUGUCUGUACCAACUAAUAUGGCUUUAAAUCAACGGGGCUAUCUGCAGUGGCGUGUCUAUAACGAAAUGGGAAAACGCGUGCUUUGCUAUCAAGUUAUGGUGCAGACGCAGAACUAUUUGCAAAAGAUUUUACGCCGAUAUUUAACCGUAUUGGAUACCAAAAUUGACGGACUUGGCUUACCCUUCUCAGGGAAUACCUUCAGUAGGCGCUUGCUUAAUUCAACCAUUUUACUUUCCAAACUGAGGAGAUAAAGAAUAACUUAUUUAUUAAUGGAUGUUUAAAUUUGUGCAGGACUUAAACGUGUUUUUUAAUGUU